AUGCAUCAACCUAUGGGUUUUCGCAGCACUCAGUAUCCCGAUCAUGUGUGCCUACUGAAAAAGUCUUUAUAUGGGCUCAAACAAGCUCCCCGUGCCUGGUAUCAACAUUUCACUGAUUACGUUCUCACCUUGGGGUUUAUACAGAGUCGCUGUGCUGCGUCCUUGUUCAUAAUACAUAGCAAUAGCCACACCGCCUAUCUUCUUCUUUAUGUGGAUGACAUUCUACUUGUUACAUCAUCCACAGAGCUGCGAGACAGUCUCAUGUCUUAUCUAUCUAAGGAGUUUGCCAUGAAAGACCUUGGGCCCUUAAGUUUCUUUCUCGGGAUAUCAGUCACCCGCAACCAGGACUCUAUGUUCCUCUCCCAGCAGACCUAUGCAGCCGACAUUAUUGAACGUGGGGGUAUGACUUCUUGCAAACCCGUUGCCAUUCCAGUGGACACAAAUUCUAAGCUCAGUGCUCAUGCUGGCACGGAUUUCCCAGAUCCGACUCUCUACAGAAGUCUCGCAGGUGCUUUACAAUACUUAACAUUUACUCGGCCAGAUAUCAGCUAUGCAGUUCAACAGGUUUUUAUGCACAUGCACGCUCCAAAGACUGACCAUUGGAACGCUCUAAAACGGAUCAUUAGAUACAUUCAGGGCACGAUCACCUUCGGUCUUUCACUAGGAAAUCACAAAGACCCUACUCUUCUGGCAUACACGAAUGCCAACUGGGCUGGAUGUCCCAACACUCAACGUUCCACCAGUGACUAUUGUGUUUACUUCGGGGAUAAUCUCAUUUCCUGGUCCUCUAAACGUCAGCCGACUAUCUCACGCUCCAGUGCUGAGGCCGAAUACCGGGGAGUGGCCAAUGUAGUUGCUGAAAUAUGA